CUGUUCUUUAAGGAACCACCAGAACGCCAAGAAACGUCCAUGAGGAUAGAACCGCCGGAGGAGAAACACCAUGGUCGUUCGUAGGAUCUUCAUUGGUUCCACUGAGUGCAGGAGUUCAGGAGGAUGGAGUUCACCAGGCUGAACACGUCAGCGGAAGGUGACAGUGCAGAUGGUGGGUGGCAUCUGGUGAUAGCGCCUCGUGGAGCACUUCAGAAUCAGCAAAAUCAGCAGGAGGACCAGUCCUGUACCAGCCUUCCAAGAGCACAUUUUCUGCGUCCAGGCAGUUUCGACAGCGCGUUCUCGCCCUACAGUCCCGACCUCAGGUUCAAGGGUGGGAAGCUGCAGAAUUGGUGCCCCGGAGACAUGGGUUCCUUAAGUCCAAACCCACUCGCACAGCCAGGCUUCUACAGCCCCAAAAUUCUUCGUUCUAAUUAUUGUAAGCCUGCGUCGAUCACAGAACAGACUCCAAAAGGAAACGCCCUGAGUAGGGAUGCUAAGGAGAGUUACUGUCAUAGUCUUCCACUGCCUCGCUCUAAAACAGCUCUUCUCAAGCAAAGCGAGCUGUCCAGCAAACCACAAGGCAUCAAGACCUCGCUGGUGGACAAGCCUCCUGUGAUGAAGGCCUCCGUGUCUCAAACCUCCGUGGAUCCCGAGCGGAACGAAGUGAAAUCUCAGAGCGUCACGGACCAGCCCGUCCAGACCCAGCAUUCACCCAACCUGCGCAGACCAGAGAUCUCCAAGAAAGAGGAAUUUAUCUUGAAGCAUCAUGUGCAAACGCAGGCCGAGCAGUUCCAGUCCAGCCGAGCCCAAAACAACACAAAGAAGAAUUUCUUCAGCUUUGUGGUUCCGCCGGGCCAGGCUUUACCGGACCAGGCGUACGUGCGGAUGAAUUUACAGUCUUCAGGUUACUGCAAGCUCAGUCUUUUUAACCGCACCAAUGGUGCCAACGAUCCACAUAGCGGCGUGGCUCAGAACAACAGCAGAGACAGCAAAGACUCCAGUGAUGAUGGAAACAGUUCUUCUAGGAACAGUAAUCAGAGUCAGAUGGACACAAAAUCGAAGAAUAUAUUCGGUCAGCCACGUUUGAUGGCCACACUGCGGGCAGCGUCCACCCCGCAACCUGUUCGCAGGAGCACCAUAGUGGAGGACCUAAAAAAGCUCAUUGUCAUGGACGACACAGCCGGGAAAUCUUCACCCGACUCACACACACAACCAAAGACUAAAAGUGCUGCUGAGUGUCCACAAGGCUCAUCUUCACCAAACACCUUCAUUUUCAGCAGCCCUGUGCUCAGCAGACAUCCUCUCUACAGGCCAACCCACCUCCCGGUGCAACCUGACCCCACAGUGUAUCAGCCAACGUCUGGACUCAUGGAGCCUGAGGUCUGGAACAAAGACAUCCAGUUUGGUCAUGGACUCGCACCUCUCGUAAAUACAGCCUGCGACCUCGACUGGAACAGCUUGGUGGAUGUUGCUGAAGACUAUGAAAUGCAGGGGAUGGGUAACCUUCUGCCUGUCGAAUCCCGAGAGAUGAGUCCUGAACUACUCAGCCCCUUUAACAACGGUCCAAUCCUUCAUCAUACUGCCAGUGAAGAUCUAGACGACUACGUUUACAUCAACUCUCCUGAUCAGAUCUCUCACCUAGAAGUGAUGCUGAGGAGGCUCAGCACCGACCUGGUCAAGGAGAAGCAGAACAAGGUGGCCCUGCUGGAGGAGGUGCUGAGGCUUCGCAUAAACAACCGGCACCUGAAAGAAGAGUCGCUGUCGGCUAACGUUCAGCUCCGACACAUCUGCCAGACGUUCAACGUCCAUCCUGAAGGAACCGAGUAGAACAUGAGAGGAAAAGGGAAACACGAAACACGCAAUAACGUCCUGUGAGCAGAAUUAAAAGGUUUAAAGUUUAAUUAAGGUUAAAGAAAGUACAAACAAAUGAACUUCACAAUAAAAUCAACUUACAAUAAUAACAA